UUUCACCCUUCACCCCUCACUUCCUGCCUGUCUCCUAGUAACAAUGGCCAAGCUCAUCGGCCAGCGAGUGCAGGGAAACCUUUGGGAGGAGAUCUGUGCAGAAUUUGAAGCAAUCAGUUCUCAUUUUUUAGAGGAUUCAACUCCAGAUACAGCAUCUGUGUCUACUAAAAUAUCUCAGUAUGACCCCAGCAAACAUUCCCCAGUUUUUUAUGGUCAUAUGGUAGCAAAGGUUUCAGUGGAUACAUCAGUGUUAGAGAACUUCAAUGCUGAAUAUUCACAUCCGGCAUUUUUAGGUCAUGCAAUCGUUCAGAAACCUCCUCCUCCACCAAGUCCACCACCUACUCCACCUGUCCCACCACCUGAUCAAAAUAAAUCUACUCCAAGACAGUAUUUGGAACACUACAUUUUUCCCGUACUUCUCCCAGGCCUGUAUGAAACACUCAAAGAAGCUAAAAUUGAGAAAUGCUUUGAGAGAAAAAAGACUAAAUUCAAUGCUUGUGACUUUUUGGCAGAAUGGUUGUACAACAAGAAUCCAAAGAGGGUUGGCAAGAAGUUUACUGCCUUCAGUGAAAUUCCCUUUGUUAAAGGAUGGCUUAAGGAUCAUCCUAGACCGCCAAUCCCUCUGUCUCUCUUAUUGUCAGAAGAUGAAGCUGCACUUAUAAUUCAGUCUUUCUGGAGAGGUUACCAGCAGCCCGACCAGGCGGAUGUUCUACCGACAGCCUCGAUUUUUGAGAUCGUUGACCUGCUCUACUGAGGCCCGUACCUGCUGUUCUAGAGCCUGGACCAGACCCGCCGAGGACUCUGUCGUGGUUUUGGAGGUUGCGGUCUGUUGCUCCACCUCCCUGAUGUGCUGCCCGAGACACUGGAUCUCCUGGUCAUGCUUCUGCAGCAUGACGAGAUCGGUUCAAGCCUGGUCUGGGUUUCCUCCAUCAACAAAUCACUCUUCUCUCAGAGUUUCACAAACUCUGACAUCAGACUGUGUUCCAUAGAUAAGUCCCCUGGGGCGAUCUUGGAGGCCGACACUGAGGCCAAUAGCGUGUCUGUUGUUGCAGGGGGCCUGGCUUGCUUGCUGCGAUCCUCGCAGCCCCUUCCCUUUGGUCAUUUUCCAAACUGUUUUAAACUAACGCUGAACAACUCUAGGGAUCAAAGCGUAACUAUUUCUACCACAUUGGGUAAUAAAGAGAGGGUGAGUGCACCACUUUGUCUGGGUUCUGGUGCAGAGCUCAGCAGGGCAGACCUACUGGGUCACCACCAUCUAUGAUUUUUAACUUUAUCCACCUCAGUCCAACACCGACUCCUCCACAUCAAUUUUUAGAUGGUCAUUGCUUGUUUUAUUGAGUUAUUUUCACUGCUAUUAUUGGUUAUUUCUUGGAUUUUGCUGCAAGGUAGUCAAGAGAAAUUUUAUGAAUACAGUUCAAACUAUGAAAUAAAAUUAUUUUA